UUAAUAUCAAUUAAAUAAAAAUUAAAUUUAUUGUUAUUAGUUUUUAAGUUCAUUGUUGAAUAAAUUUAGCUGAAAAACGGAUAAUUUAAAUGUAUUACUAUAAUUAAUAUAGUGGUUAAAUGAUUUGAAUUACAAUUAUUCUAUUUUUUAAAUUGUUAGGCAUGAUUGGUAGUUUAAAUUUAAACUAAUUUGAAUUGUUUGACAUAAAUUUACUAUUUUAUACAACACGAUGUCUGCUUACGACCUGAGACUUAACAAUCUUGAUGCAGUAUUAAACUCUGAAGAGAUCGAUAUAAAUAAGCUUAGAGAAUUUUGUUUUAAUGGAGUUCCAGAUGAAAAAGGGUAUAGAUCUCUAUGUUGGAGAUUAUUACUCAACUAUUUAACACCUAACAAAAAGAAGUGGGAUGAACAGUUAAAUCAUUAUCGAACAUUGUAUAACCAAUGGAUUGAUGAAAUACUAGUUACUCCAGGUUCAAUUGAUGAUGAACAAAGUGAUCAUCCUUUGAGUAAUGAACCAACUAGUAAAUGGAAUACUUUUUUUAAAGAUAAUCAAGCAUUGACUCAAAUUGAUAAAGAUGUUAGGAGAUUACAUCCAGAGCUGUCAUUUUUUCAACAAGCAACUGAAUAUCCUCAUAUUAAUGUAGUGAACAGCAAUGGUACUAAACGACUGAACCGUAGAGUGGGUAUGCAUUUUUUGAAUAGUGCCAACGUGGAACGUAAAGGACUUGGGAUUGUUAAAAUUUCGGCUGCUCCAGAACCUAAAAAUACUUCGGAGUUCAAGCCAUUAGAAGAAGGCUCAGAAGCUCAUUGGGAAGUAGUUGAAAGAAUAUUGUUUGUAUAUUGUAAAUUAAAUCCUGGACAAGGUUAUGUUCAAGGAAUGAAUGAAAUAAUUGGUCCUAUCUACUAUUGUUUUGCUACUGAUCCAGUUAUUGAGAUGAAAAAACAUGCAGAGGCUGAUUGUUUCUUUGUUUUUACAAAUUUGAUGUCAGAAAUACGAGAUUUUUUUAUAAAAUCCUUAGAUGAGGCAGAUUCUGGUAUAGUAAGUAUGAUGCAUAAAGUAACAGAAAAAUUGAAAGAAAAUGACCCAGAUCUUCAUAGCUGUUUGAUAAAAAAUGAAAUUCUUCCUCAAUAUUACAGUUUUAGAUGGUUAACAUUGUUAUUAUCUCAAGAAUUUUCAUUGCCUGAAAUCUUAAGAAUAUGGGACUCCUUGUUUUCUGAUGUUCAACGUUUUUCAUUCCUAGUUUACAUCUGUUGUGCUAUGAUUAUUCUGAUUAGAGAUGAAAUACUUGCUGGAGAUUUUCCUACAAUAGUUAAACUAUUACAGAAUUAUCCUAAUGUUGAAACAAGAGUCAUAUUAAAUAAAGCAGCAGAGCUAUAUAGUCAAUGAAUUAAAUAAAUGAUUAAAUAAUAUUGAAGUGUUCAAAGAAAGGAAUACGAAACUAAAAUUAAAAUAAAGAGAAAUCAUAUCCACCCCAAAAUGGAUAAUUCAAAAAUUAAUCUCAAAUUUAAUGUGACAACAAAAACAUAUGUUUUGAUAUAUAACAUAAUUAUAACUACUUUAAGUAAGUUUUUUUCUUUUCUAUAUGUUGGUUGUGAUCUACGACCAAUGAAUCAUUAUAUAUUAGAGGUAAGUGGGGCGAAACGGAAAUGUCAAUAUCUAUAACUUUAAUUGAUCCUGCGAUUAUAAAAACAACCUUGUUCGUAUUAUAUUGUAUGAUCAAUGUUAUGUAAUCAAAUGUUAAUCAACUUAUCAUUUAAUAAAGAGCAAAAGGGGUUUUUAUCAGUUGAUCGAUAAAAAUAGUUAAAAUUUAAACCAAUUUUUAAAAUACGAUUUUUUUUGUUAACUACCUCAAGAUCACUUAAGCAUAGACAAACUAUAACUUAAUAUACAAUUUAUUAAUUAAAAUUUAAUUGUAAUUAAUAUCACAACGACUGAAAGUAAGUACACCCGUUUAUAUUUUAGUUUGAGACGUAAUGGGGACGUCCCCAUUGUACCCUUUACUAUAUUUUACAGUUGUUUAUACUCUUAUUUACAAACCCGGAUUAUGUUAAUUUGGAGUGCCGGUGCCAAAUUUUUUAAUGGGCUUCUCAAUAAGUUUUUCUAUAAAAAUUGUAAACGAUGUUUUUAUUAUAAUACAUAAAAACUGCAGGUAACAAAAAAAAAUUAAUAGUAACAACAAUAUAAAUUUGAAUUUUUCAAGUUAUUUUACUAAUCGGGCUCAUAGAUGGGGCCUGGACAAUAGCUUUGCUUAAUUCGGGUUUGCUUAUUUAAUAAAACAUAUUUUUGUUUAUUUUUCUACAAAAAUUAAUUAAUUUUUGUCUGGAAUGAUGAAUUUUUUGUUUACAAGUGAAAUCCUCAAGUCCUGAAUAAAUAUAUUGCUCUCGUGUGAAUUUUGAUAGCUGAAAUACAUUUAUUUGAUUAAAAAUUUUGGAUUAUUUAGUUGUUUCAUGUAUAAUUAUAUU